GGAGCAGAGGGAGGUGCAGAGAGGAGGGGACAGUGAGAAUACAUGCUGUGUUAGCAUCCCCUCAGCAACUCCAUCAAUACUGCAUACAGCGAAGAAACUGGCAAAGGUUCUUUGUGCUGCAUUUGCAGGCUCAGCCAACGAAGGAGAGCAACUCCCACGACCGGUGGGCUCAGUCUGCCGCUGCUGCUGGAGUAGGAGGGGGGCCCUCACACACACACACACACACACACACACACGCACACACACACACACACACACACACACACACACACACACACACACACACACACACACACACACACACUCACACACCACAGCCUGUGCUGCAUCAGGACGACACACGGACUAGGGAUACUCUAGUGGCGAAGAAGAUAGUUGUGCUAAUAUGUUCAAAUGUUGUGUAUUGGACUUCUUCCUGCAUCUCCUUCAUGACCACGGCUCUUUUUGGCUAUGAGGAAGAAUUGAUGUGUACGAUGUCCAGCGUAGACCUGCAGGGUCACAUACCUCCACUUCUGUGACAUUACUACACCCCAGGAGUUAGAGGCGUCUUCUUCGUUGUCCUUCCAUCCCAGGCCCACCAUGGGAGGAUGCUUCUCCAAACCCAAACCAGUUGAAGUCAAAGUGGAACUAUCUCUGCUGGAAAAGGAAAAAGAGGUGGACGGCCUGUCACCUAAUGGCAAGGCAAGUCCCUUUGCGGACUGCAGGCCAAAUGGGGCCCUGGGGCACAGCUCGGACGACGACUCCACCCCUCUCCAAGCGUACCACAAAUCACGGGACUACGUGGAGGCCUCCGUCUGCCAUGUCAAAGAUCUGGAAAAUGGACAGAUGCGAGAAGUUGACUUGGGAAGCGGCAGAGCCUUGUUGAUUAAAGAACACGGCGAGUUCUCAGCAUUGGGCCACAAGUGUCCACACUAUGGCGCACCUCUGGUCAAAGGUGUGCUGUCAAAGGGACACGUGCGCUGUCCCUGGCACGGCGCAUGUUUUAACAUUGCAACAGGCGAUAUAGAAGACUUCCCUGGUCUGGACUGCCUGCCCACCUUCCAGGUCAGAGUUGAAAAGGACAAGGUCAUCAUCCGGGCAAACAAGCAGGCUCUUCAGUCACAGAAAAGGUCGAAGGCCAUGGCCCGAUGUUCAGCAGUCAUUAACUCGAACACAUGCUUCACUCAUGUUCUAAUUAUCGGAUCAGGUCCAGCAGGUCUGGUGUGUGCGGAGACGCUGAGGCAAGAGGGCUUCACGGACCGCAUCGUCAUGUGCACCAUGGACAGACAUCCUCCUUAUGACAGGCCUAAACUGAGUAAGUCCCUAGAUAGCACAGCGGAACAGCUGAGGUUACGUUCCAUGGACUUUCUGCAGGACCAUGACAUUGAACUGCUCACAGAAAAGGAGGUGGUGGCAUUAGAUGUGAAAAUACGCUGUGUGACCUUUGAAGACGGACUGAGGAUGGAAUACAGAAAACUAUUCAUCGCAACAGGAAACAAGCCCAAAGCUCUGAACUACAAUGGCAAAGAUGUCAGGAAUGUGUUUCAUGUUCGGACACCUGAGGACGCUAACAGCAUAGCCAGGCUGGCCAACAACAAGAAUGCUGUGAUUGUAGGAACUUCUUUUGUUGGUAUGGAGGUGGCUGCAGCUCUGACGGACAAGGCCCACUCCGUCUCCAUCAUUGGGGUCGAGACAGUCCCGUUUAAAAAAGCUCUAGGGGAGAAAGUAGGGAAAGCCAUAAUGAAGCUCUUUGAAGUUAACAGAGUGAAGUUCUACAUGCUGAAUGAGGUGUCAGAGAUGGUUGGCCAUCAUGGACAGCUAAAGGAAGUGGUACUGAAGAGUGGCAAAGUCCUGCGAGCAGAUGUGUGCGUAGUUGGAACAGGAUGUGUUCCUGCAACAAGUUUCUUGAAACAGAGCGGUGUUCACAUGGACUCAAAGGGCUUCAUCACUGUAAACAAGAUGAUGCAGACAAAUGUGGACAGUGUCUUUGCUGGGGGCGAUGUGGUGACCUUUCCUUUUCCACCGCGCAACAACAAGAAGGUCAACAUCCCUCACUGGCAAAUGGCUCAUGUGCACGGAAGAGUAGCAGCUCUCAGCAUGAUGGGCAGAGUCACUGAGAUGAAAACGGUGCCUUACUUCUGGUCAGCCAUGUUUGGAAAGACCAUACGAUAUGCUGGUUAUGGUGACGGAUUUGAUGAUGUCAUCAUCCAAGGCGAUCUGGAUGAAUUGAGAUUUGUCGCAUUUUACACCAGGGGAGAGGAGGUGGUUGCGGUCGCCAGCAUGAAUUAUGAUCCCAUUGUGUCCCGAGUGGUUGAGGUCUUAGGAUCCGGAAAGACGAUUAAGAAACGAGAUGUGGAAACUGGAGACAUUUCCUGGUUGAAUGACAAGGGCUCCCAAUGACUUCACUUGGGCAGAGACCAGGCAAGCACUCGGCGUUUGGACACUAAAUGGUGCUGACACACAGGGCAGCUAUCCCGGUCCGUGGACUGUGACUGUUCAAGACACUAAAACAUGUCGCUGACUGACUCUCUGACGUGAGAGAGCUUUUAGUCAGCAGGAUGUCUUUGACCCAGGUUUUCAUGUUUCAAGACAAUAGUGGAUUCAGCUGCAAGAUGCCAUUUACAUGUUUCCUCGGAUGGGCCUUGAUUCUUUUUUAUUAAUAAUACUGUAUAUAGCUUUAAUCCUGAAUGCACUGUAACUUAAUAGAAACAUUAUUUGAGAAGAUCCUUUUUUAUAUAGCGAAAUUAUGGCGUUCUUGUAUGGGGGUUAAUUUGUCUCUUUAUUACCAAAGCUUUUUUUUUGAAAAUGAAUUUAUGUCACUAAAUUUUUUGCGUUUGUGUGAACUGAAUUCUUUUGUACAUCAAAGUGUGCUGACAAUUUCAUUGAAUAAAAAUGUGUGAGCAAAAUGUGUAUUUAAAAAUUCAGUGUGUUAAAAUACAGCAUUUAAAAAUUCUGUCUAUAUAAAUUUAAAAUUUAGUGCAAAAAGAUUCAGUGCAGGAAUAUUUGUUGCUUCAAAAUUCAACACUCACUUCCGGCAAAUUAAGACUGAAGCAAUCAAUGUUGUAUCAGAACCAGCCAAUGAGGUGCCUAGGUAGUUGUACACAUAGUGUGUAGAGCUGCAUAAACUUCUUCUUUGCCUUCGCAAGACCAGUGUCACUUGACUGCAAAUUUGACACCUCAUUGGCUGGUUCUAAUACACGACUGAUUGCUUUAAUUUUAACUUAUCGGCAGUGGGUCGUGAAUUAUGAAAAUUUCUGCACUGAAUUUUUAUUAACACGGUAUUUCUACAAAAUUGAUUUUUAAACAUUAAUGCAUUUUGCUCACAUUCUUUAUUUGAAUACUCAGCAAUAUUUGAAGAGAAGGAUGUAAAAAAAAAUCAGGUUGAUCGCAUAAAAUUCAGGUACAUACAGUACAUUCAGUGUCAAAAAAAGCUUUGGGUAAUAAAGACACAAAUUUACCUCCAUAUUUUUGUAUGAAGGCCUUAUAUUUGCAUGACACAUCUUUGUUUUUGCCUAGAAAUGCUCACAAGACACUUUAUUAAGUACACAUGCGCCCAAUAAAAAAUGUCAAAAAUAGCAGUGAAUCUCUAUGCAGGUGUACCUAAUGUUGUGGCUUAUGAGUGUAUGUCAAACACACACACACACAAACAUGCAGCUUUAAAGUGUACUAAAUAACCUUUAAACAUUUAAAUAUACCUCUGUUUAUUGACUGUCUUGUUAGUAGUUUGGACAAAUCAAGUUUGAUUCAUUUGAUUCCAUAUUAAUGCUUGCCUUCAACAUCAACAUUACUAGGGGGGUGGGGUGUGUGCCCACAUUUGAGGUCCUCUCCAAGGUUUCUCAUAGUCAGCAUUGUCGCUGGCGUCCCACUGGAUGUGAAUUCUCCCUGUCCACUGGGUGUGAGUUUUCCUUGCCCUUUUGUGGGUUCUUCCGAGGAUGUCGUAGUCGUAAUGGUUUGUACAGUCCUUUGAGACAUUUGUGAUUUAGGGCUAUAUAAAUAAACAUUGAUUGAUUGAUUGAUAAAAUGAUGACAUAAUUAAUGAUGCCAAUUGCUGAUAGCUGUCUCCUCCAUGGGGAUGUUUUUGUUACUAACUCAGGGAACUGAGGUUCGUAGCCUGCAUGGUCACCCUGUACUUCUCAAAAAGAAAGGAAUGUCUUGCUUUAAUAUAUGUUUUAUCAAAUUACUACUUCUUGGGUUCUGUCUGUAUAAACUAGAGGCAUUGGUGAUGUACGAUACUCAAGUGUUCUUUCUACAAAGCCGGAGGGCUUUUUUAACUACAUCUUUGAAAUAAAAUUAUUCU